CUCUAACUCUGAAGAGAAGGACAGCAUUCCCAUCACAACACAGAGCUGCAAGAAAGGAGCCAGAGCAACACAAACAUGGGCACAUAUGUGGAGGACCUCCACCUGAGGAUGGUGCUUGUUGGGAAAACUGGAGUUGGGAAGAGUGCAUCAGGAAACACCAUCUUGGGACGAAAUGCUUUUGAAUCUAAAUCUUCUAUUUCUUCAGUGACAUCAGAGUGUCAGAAAGUAACAGGUCAGGUGGAUGGUCAGAUCCUGGCUGUAGUUGAUACUCCAGGUCUGUUUGACAACAGGAGGCCUGAAGAGCAGGUGAAGAGAGAAGUUGGUAGAUGCAUCUCCUUUGCUGCUCCUGGUCCUCAUGUGUUUCUGGUUGUGAUCAAAACAGACAGAUUCACAGAAGAAGAAAAAAAAACAUUGACAAUUAUUCAGAAGAUAUUUGGAGAAGGAGCAGCACAUUACACUAUGGUCCUGUUCACCCGUGGAGACGAUCUGAAAGCAGGUGGAGUCAAGAUAGAAACAUUAAUUACUGAACAUGAAGCUCUGCAUGACUUCAUCCAGCAGUGCGGUGGAAGAUAUCAUGUUUUUAACAACAGAAGUGAGGAUCCCUCUCAGGUCAGAGAGCUGCUGGUUAAAAUCAGUAGGAUGGUUCAGAGCAAUGGAAGAAGAUACUACACCAAUGAGAUGCUCCAGGAGGCUGAAAGAGCCAUCAGAAACGAGAUGGAACGACUUCUGAGAGAAAAUGCACAGCUGGCAGAAGAAGAAGCAAGAAGACGUGCAGAGAGGAAGAACAAGUUCCUGAAGGGUGCUGGGAUAGGAGCAGGGGUUGGAAGUGUCUUGGGUCCAGUGGGAGCAGCUCUGGGAGCAGCAGUGGGAGCAACAGUUGUAGCAGCAAAGCAGGGAGAAUGUGUUAUACUGUGAAAACUAUUUUAAUUUGAUGAAAUUUUCACCAGCUUUCUGUGACUGUGUUAAUCAUUAUUAAUUAUCAUGUGAUUACUGCAUAACUUUAUAAAUCUGUAGUUCAGAACAAUCAAUACAUUAGAUUUUUGCAGGGUCUUUGCCUAACAACACGAGUCUGAUUACACUG